CAAACUUCUUGCGCUGUAUUAUGCUUGUAUGCGCAAACGACAAGUAUCAUGGUUGAGCACUCCCCGUAGUCGUCUCUUGAAUUCACCAAUUGAUUAGUCGGUGCGUCCAGACGCGUCAUAGCUUGCUUUCAGGGACCAUGCAGCUUUCAGCGGUUUUGGUAGCGCUCGCCCUUGUUGCACCUGCGCUCUCGAAGACGAUCGAUUCGUCCCUCUACUCCAACGAAGCGCCACUGUUAUGGGGGCCAUACCGACCCAAUCUCUACCUGGGCAUUCGCCCCAGAGUGCCCGAAAGUCUUGUUGCGGGGUUGAUGUGGGGGGAGUUGGAUGAGCAGGAGAAGAAGUUGCGACACACAGUUGAGCAGAACGAUGGCAUGGCUAUGUAUGGCUGGACCACAUACGACGCGCGCGCCGGCGGCACCCAGAUCAUUCAAGAUGUAGGGAAUCAAAUCGACAUCACGACCGAGUUCAUAAAGAAGUUUGAGGGCCAGAGCGCGGGCAAUUGGGCGCUGCGAAUCAAGGGCAAACUGCGCAAUGGUGCACCUGCAAACCUGAAGACAUCCGUUAUCUUCUACGUGGGUAUGGAGGCUAAAGAGGGCUGCGCAGACUGCCAGCUGGAAGCUUUCGAGCAACUUGGCGCUGGUGAUGACAAGUCUGUUGAGGCAGUGAACAUCGCAAUCAAACACCCCCGACUGGGUUCUGCGGGUAUACAUAUCCCUACAUCAGUUGGCGAGGAUGGGCGGCAUGAGGGCACAAUUGUGCAUACGUUGAACAUCACCGAGGACAAGCUGUGGCAGGCAAAGUCCACUUUCCUAGACGCGUUGAAAGCUCAAUCGAAAGAUCGAACAGAGGCCGGAAAGAUGGACGUGGUACUUCGCAACGCCCCUGGAUCAGGCAAUAUGCACUUUGUGCAGAUGAUCGUUCAUGGCAGCUUCGACUUCAACGUGCUCUAUUCGAGCCGGGCAGCAACACGUGCCAUGACCACUUCGGAGAUGGCAAGCAGUAUCCAGGAAUCAGUGGUCGCAUACAGAAAAGCUUAUUCGCGUGUCUUCACGCCGAAAGCUCCGUUCAACACAGAUCAACACGCUACGUUCGGUGAGAAGAUGCUCGCAGACUUACUGGGCGGCGUUGGGUACUUCGAGGGCAAGACGAGAGUCGACAUGUCGAAGAAGGCUAUCUACGCUGAAACGACCGGAAAGUUCUGGGAGAAGACUGAAGACGCUAAGAAGCACUCCAUACCCGAAACGAAGGGGCCAUAUGAGCUGUUCACGCAUACUCCUGCUCGAGCUGUCUUUCCGCGAGGCUUCCUAUGGGAUGAAGGCUUCCACCUUCUUCCAGUAUUGGACUGGGACGCCGACCUAGCCAUGGAAAUUGUUCGAAGCUGGCUCAAGACUAUGGAUGAUGAUGGCUGGAUAGCUAGAGAGCAAGUUCUCGGCACCGAAGCCGAGAGUGGCACUCCUGGUGACUUCAUUACGCAGUACCCACACAUUGCCAAUCCGCCAACAUUGUUCUUCGUGGUCUCAAAGUUUAUCGACAUGUUGCAGGGCAAAGUAAAGUAUUAUGGGCAUGAAUCUACGCUCUUGAAGCCCGAAACGGGUAAGAAGUUUGUCGUGAAGCUGUACCCACUCCUGAAGAAGCACUAUGAGUGGUGGCGCAGGUCUCAAUCAGGAGACAUCGAGGCUCACUCUGUUCCGUCAGCGAACCUCAACGAAGGGUACAGAUGGCGAGGCCGUACACCAGAAACAAAUUAUCCCAGCGGGCUCGACGACUACCCACGCCCAGAGCCCCCAGACAUCUCCGAGCUGCACCUCGAUGCACUAUGUUGGGUAGGUCUAAUGUCUCGCACCCUCGAAAAGAUCGCUUUCUUCACAGAGGCCACCCACGAUGCAUUCACCUACCAGAACCACAUCCGCGGCGUCAAAACCAACCUCGAAACCCUCCACUGGGAAGACAAGCAAAACGUAUACUGUGACACCGUCGUCCGCGACGACAAACACACCUACGUUUGCCACAAAGGCUACCUCUCCCUCUUUCCCUUCACGACCGGCUUCAUCGACGCCACGCACCCACACCUUGACGCGACCUUGCGCCUGCUGCGCGACCCAAACCACCUUUGGACCGACCAUGGCAUCAAGUCGCUCUCGCAGGAAAGCAAAAAAUACGGCGUCGGCGACAACUACUGGCGCUCCCCUAUCUGGGUAAACAUGAACUACCUGAUCCUCACGCAACUCCUGGUCCUCGCCGAAACACCUGGCCCGCAACAGCAGCGCUGCAAGGAUAUCUACAUCGAGCUAAGACGCAAUAUCGUGCACACUGUGUUCAGCGCUUGGGUGCAGACGGGGUAUUCGUGGGAGCAGUACGAUCCUGUUGGCGGGCAUGGGCAGCGCACGCAGCACUUUACUGGCUGGACGAGCUUGGUGGUGAGUAUCAUGGCGAUGCCGGAUUUAGAGCAGGGAGACGGUGUGAAAGAGAAGGUUAAGGAGAUCUAUAAGGAGGCGAAGAAACAGGCGGUACAAAACCAGGGGUAUAGUGUGGGCACGGUGGCAUUUUUGGUUAUGCUAAUGGUGUUUGCGUAUGUUACGCGGAGGAGAUUUGCGGGAACGUGGAGGAGUUUGAGGAGGGAGAAGAGGGUUGGGGAUCGUAAUGUUUGA